UGCGGUGAAACGUUGUACUGUACCCCGGUUGAGUUUUCAUACCGAAAGUGUCUCACGGUACGUCGGUACGCCUCUGAAAUGGCUGCUGCGGAGACAGAAGAAACCCCCGCGCAGACUGCUGGAGAUGAUGUACCGCCCGCAGAGACAAAUGAAGGAAACGGCGUAGAAAAAGAAGAGGGCCUCACCGAACCGGAAACAGAUGAGCCGACAGUCAGCAGUGUAGAACCGAAAAUGGAAGAGGUGGACGCGGAGGCCGGUGAGGAGAAGCCCGCCGAGGCUGCAGCCGAGGCUGCAGACAAGGCCGCGAGCGAGGCGGUUGUGACAGGCGACGGUGCAGUAAUGGUCGAGCCGGAGGAGACUGCCGCUGCGGGAGAACAGGAGCAGGAACCGGAGCAGAAGACAGAGUCUCAGGAAAGCCCGGGGGACUUUAACGACGAACCGGCUAACGAUAGCACAACAAAAGAGGCGAAGGAGGAACCGGGAGAAGACAGCCGGUGUUCAGGGAUAGACUGCGAGAAGAGCAAAACAGUUUGUGAGGAUGUGGAGAAACCCAGCGGUGGCGGUGACGGGGAGCUGGGCGACAAGAGGCGGCCGAGCGUGGAGAUAUCGUCCUCGGAUGGAGAACCGCUGAGCCGUAUGGACUCGGAGGACAGUAUCAGCAGUACCCUGAUGGAGAUGGAAAGCACAGUAUCCAGUGGGCGCUCCACCCCUGCAAUGAUGAAUGGGCAGAGCAUUGCCAGCUCUUCAGGGCCUAAAACAGUGGCCUAUCCCUGUUGCUGGGACCUCUGCCCGCAGUGCUUCAACUCCAGUCCUGACCUGGCCGAACACAUCAGAGGAAUCCAUGUUGAUGGGCAGAGAGGAGGGGUUUUUGUCUGUUUAUGGAAGGGUUGUAAAGUGUACAACACACCAUCCACAAGUCAAAGUUGGCUUCAGAGACACAUGCUGACCCAUAGCGGAGAUAAACCCUUCAAGUGUGUAGUUGGAGGCUGCAACGUCAGCUUUGCUUCCCAAGGAGGUUUAGCUCGUCAUGUCCCCAGUCACUUCAGCCAGCAGAGCUCUUCUAAAAUGUCCAGCCAAGCCAAACUCAAGGAAGAGUCUCCCUCUAAGGCUGGACUCAACAAGAGGAAGAAGCUCAAGAACAAACGCAGGUGCUCCCUACCACGGCCCCAUGACUUCUUCGAUGCCCAAACCAUGGAUGCUAUCCGGCACAGGGCCAUCUGUCUCAACCUCGCCACCCGCAUAGAAAGCGUAGGCAAUGGCCACAGUGUGGUCUUCAACAGCACGGUUCUAGCCAGAAGAAAAGAAGGGUCUGGCAAGGUGAAGGUCCUGCUACAUUGGACACCUGAGGACAUACUACCUGACGUGUGGGUGAAUGAAACGGAACGAUCACAGCUGAAGACUAAAGUGGUGCACUUGUCGCAGUUACCGCAGGACACGGCCAUGCUGCUCGACCCUAACAUCUAUAGAGCACUUCCUCAGAAACGCCUGAAACGCAGCCUGUAAGGACUCAUCUGUGGACUUCAUACUUAAGGGGAAAGGCUUGUUCAUAGGAAGUUUAUCUAUAUGGGAUGGGACGCGCUUCAUCUGUCUCUGCUGAAUGAGGGGAUUGAAGUGGCGAUAAAAGGAAGUAUAACUUGGCACUGCUGCAGUUCUCCUUUUUCUCUCCCUUUUCAAUUUUGUAUAUCUGAAAUGACUGUUGUAGCCAAGAGUGGUGAAAAAGAGGGCAACACUUUUGAAAAAGUUUGUGUUUAUCAACAACUUAAAUGAAUGUGUGUGUUUUUUUUUUUUUUAAAAAGCACCAAACUAAAAAAAAUCAUGUAAAAAAUGUUUUGUGUAACUUGUCAGAAAAAUGCAGAUUUUAUAACGGUUUUGUGUAAAAUAUUUAUGCAGAUUUUUAACUUAUUUUUAUACCAUUGUGAAAUGUGUUUUUGUGAAGGUUUGGAUAAAACCGUAUUUACUGUGAUAAUCAUGUAAACUCUCAGUUUGGAGUAUUUGGACAUUUCUUGUUGUAAUUAUGUUUUACACGAUAUAAGUCUUAACAGAUUCUCUUAUUUAUACUCGCUGAAUGCAGUACUUUAACCUUUGUGUAUGACAAUGAAGUAUGUGCUCAUACUAGUCAUGACAGACCUGCAUUUGAUGCAAACAAAACUUCACAGGAGCAAUAACUCAGUAGUUUGGGACACUACAUCGCAGCUCUUAGUCUUACCAAGUCUGAAGACAGUAUGGAUUACUUGUAUGAGGAUUUAUUAGAUUUUUAAGCGUACACUUGAGAACUGUAAAUCACCUCAGCUCCAACCCCUCUUGUAAGUAACAUGAACUGUUAAUCAUAGUUGUUAUAAUAACUUAACAUUAAUGCUUUUUUAUGGUUAAAAGGUGUGUUUUCUACUGUAUCAUGUCCCUGUUGUAAAUGGAAUACUGUGUUUAUAAUAAAUGAAAGAAACUACA